AUGCACAUCCUCCUCCUCCUCUCCCUCCCCCCAAUCCUCCUCAUAACACGGUACAUCCUCACCGUGCUAGCCACAAGCUACACACACCGAACCCUCCUCUCCAUCCCCGGGCCGCUGUGGACACGCUUCACGCGCUUCUGGUACUUCCGACGGGUAUGGAACGGCAAAUUCGAAAAAGAAAACAUCGCCCUGCACGAGAAAUACGGAACCGUUGUCCGGAUUGCUCCGGGGCAGUAUAGCAUCAAUGACCGGACCGCACUGAGAACGAUUUACGGGCCCGGGACGAAGUUCGCGAAGAGCGCUUGGUAUGAGGGAUGGAAGCAUCCGGAUCCGGAGAGGUGGACUUUGUUUCCGGACAGGGAUAUUAAGAGGCAUGGUGAGACUCGGAAGCGCUUCUCGAGCUUGUACUCGAUGAGUUCGCUGGUGUCUUAUGAGGAAUUCGUGGAUCAGAGCGCAGAUGUCUUUUUCCAGCGACUGGGUGAAUUCGCGGACCGGGAUGUGACGUUUAACCUCGGCGAGUGGUUUCAGUUUUAUGCGUUUGAUGUCAUCGGGCAGAUUACCUAUGGGCAGCGGUUUGGCUUCCUUGACAAGGGCCACGACAUCGACGGGACGAUCGACGCCCUCGGCCACGUCCUUAAAUACAGCACAUUGAUCGGAAUAUACCACGAGUGGCACCCGCGUCUCUUUGGCCCGCUAAGCGGAUUCAAAUGGUCUGGAGCCGGUGGACGCACAUAUCUGAUGCGCUACGUGCAAGAGAAGAUCGCACAAUUCAGCUCCAAACCAAAGCCCGCCGUUAAAGAAGGUUCACUAAAGACACAGACCUUUCUCGAGAAAAUGAUUCUCGCCCGAGACAAGGAUCCGGAGAAGGUCACAGACUACCACGUCUUCAUGAUGGGUCUGUCGAACAUCAUUGCUGGCUCCGAUACAACAGCUAUAAGUCUCUCGGCUAUACUCUACCACCUCGUCCACAACCCACCCGUCCUCGCGAAGCUCCGCGCAGAAAUCGACGAGUUUACUCAACAAGGUCGCUGCAGCGAGCGCGUCACGUUCAAGGAAAGCCAGGACAUGCCGUACUUCCAGGCCGUCAUGAAAGAGGCCCUCCGCAUGCAUAGUGCAACGGGCCUACCCUUCUGGCGCGUCGUGCCUCCCGGUGGCGCAGAGAUUAGUGGACAUUUCUUCCCCGAGGGUGCGGUUGUCGGGGUCAAUGCGUGGGUGUAUCACUACGACGAGGCCGUCUUCCCAGAUGCGGAGAGGUUCCGUCCGGAGCGGUGGAUCGAGGCUGAAGGAGAUCCUGCGAGGUUGAAGGUUAUGAAUGAGGUUUAUAUGCCUUUCGGUCUUGGCUCAAGAACGUGUCUUGGGAAGCACAUCUCCAUCCUGGAGAUGUCGAAGCUAAUUCCUCGUAUUCUACGCGACCUUGAUUUCGUUGCGGAGAAAGCGACGUGGAAUACGGAGAACUUUUGGUUCGUCAAGCCGACUGAUUUUAGCGUCAGGGUUCGAAGACGGGAGUCGAGUUCUGAGAAGGUGUGAUAUCAUGAGAAAAUAGCUAUGAACAAAUAUGAAUAAAGAAAGAAUAACAAUUGACGCUACUAUACUACUGUAUAUAAAGCAGAACAAAACGAAACCACACCAGCAUUCAAUGAAAACACACAACAGUCAAACUCUCAAAAUUAUUGACUCCCACUUCCCUCAACCCACCUCUUAAAAUCCACAUUAAACCCCUCAAACCCCUUGAUCGUAUCUCCUCUCAUGCCCGACAGACUCCCCAUCCACCCUUCCCCCAUAAUCCCGGCCAGCAAUCCAGUAAAGCUCUCCUCGUGCACGAGCCUCGUCUUCGUGCCCCCAUCGACAUCCUCAAAGCGAAAGAUGUGCUCCCCCGUAAAAACGAGCGGAAGCGACCCGCGCCAGGAGAAAAUCGUCGGCUCGUUGCGCACGACCACCGGGGCGAAAUUCAUGUUGCCCAUUACGCAGGCGAGCUUGUCGCCUGGGACGAGCGUGUGAGGAUCUUUGGCGGGCGUGGGUGUUAUGCUGCCCACAAAGCCGGUUGUGUAUGUUGGGAUGGAGGGGAAGUCGAGGAACUAGUAUCUGUUAGUAGGGGUUUUGUUCUUGUCGGAACAGCGAUAUACGAGGGUUAAGAUGGAAGGAUACCUUUUCGCGAACAGCAGCUGGCGGGGCGUUGAUUUCGAUGGAUGUGGUGAUGAGAAGCAUUUUGAGAUGUGGUUGAAGGUUCAGUAUGUAUAUCUGGGCAAGAUGGAUAGAAUAUAGGUAUGGUUGGCAAUAAAUGUAGGCUCGAAAAGUGGAUUAUAUGCCACUAGAGAGGACUGUUUUCUGUAUCUACUUUCAUCAUUCUCAUGAGAAAUACCUCUUCUUAUAUACCGCAGCAGAGCAUAUCUUCCGCCGCCGACCCUCCGUCCUCGACAGCUCAAAC